AUGGCCCUGCUGCUGCCUCCUUCCAAGGCCAACUACUUCUGUGAGUACCUUCCGCGGGUAUCCACCACCACAGUGAUUGCUGACCCGGCAAUUUCAUCGGUGCACUGGCGCCAGGAGCAGAUUUUCGUCACCGAUGCUGGCGGCGAUACCUACCCUCUCGUACUCCCUACGCUGCUUCCAGUGACUUCAAUUGCUGGUAAGGUAUACGGAAUAGCGCUUACUAUGGCUACGGAUGCUAGUGCCACUCCUACAAAGGCCAAUUUCGUUGCUGACACCGUCAAAUGGAGUGUGGCCGAUCUCGCCCAGAGGACGCCCAAAACGGGUGACAACCACACCUACACCUUCUCCUUCCGCUGCCACCAAUGUCUAACUGGUUUAAUUGACUCUCGCGACUACAAAUUCCAUGAAAUGCCCCUGGAGUACUGGUACGAGCUCAUGGACGUGUGGCACUGCCACAAGCCCAAUAACGACCAGGAAACCACGAAAACCUAUACCAACAUCGCUCCCAAGACGCCUACAGAUAUCCUCGUUGGGCUGCUGUACAUACUAUUGAUGCCAUCGAAGCAAAACCCGAGGCUUGAGUAUACUGAAGAGCACUGGCGGUGUAGCCAUUGCCACGCCGAUUUGGGGCACGAACGCAUUAACAAGUGGAUGAUUGACCUCGUGUAUGGUGAUACCAUUGAGACCUAUACCAAGACGGAGUACUGGUACCUGUCCAUGAUGGAUAAGGUGAACAUGGCCGUACGCAAGUUUUCCGUGGACAAUUGGCAAGUGUGGGUGGCCAACGUCGACGUGGGCGCCACUAUUGGGGGUAAAGCUUAUCCUCACUGUCUCAAACUCAUGUACAAGCGACAACAAGGCGACACCAGUGAUAAUGAUGAGGUGGUGAAAUUGGAGCACGCCGAUGAGCUUUUCACUCAGUUAGGCGAAAUUACCGCUAAACUUCCAAAAAAGUGUCAGACUGCGAGUGAAUGGAGCAUCUCCUUUCUCCCUCUGAAUUGA